ACGAUUGCCAUAUUUCCGAAUACAGUCAUGGAUUUCUUCUUUUUAAAACGUUUUGUUGGCACAUUUCAGAUUUAAAAUUAGAUAAUCGAAUCAACAACAUAAAUAAGAAACAAAAUGUCCCACACUAAAAGAGCAUGGAAGCUGCAAGAGUUUGUGGCUCACAGUGCCAAUGUCAAUUGCCUAGCAUUAGGACAGAAAUCUGGACGAGUUUUAGUGACUGGUGGGGAGGAUCGUAAAGUAAACCUAUGGGCAGUCGGAAAACCAAAUUGCAUUAUGAGCUUGACAGGUCAUACAACACCUGUGGAGAGUGUAAGAUUUGGUCCUGAUGAAGAAAUGGUAAUGGCAGGGUCCAUGUCUGGUGCUCUCAAAAUCUGGGAUCUUGAACAAGCUAAAAUCAUAAGGACAUUAACAGGUCACAAGUCGAGUAUUCGUAGUUUAGAUUUCCAUCCCUAUGGUGAUUAUGCAGCCUCUGGGUCAUUAGACUACAAUAUAAAGUUAUGGGAUAUAAGAAGGAAGGGUUGUAUAUAUAAUUAUAAGGGUCAUACAGAUUGUGUAAAUUGCCUAAGAUUCAGUCCAGAUGGUAAAUUGAUAGCUUCUGGUGGAGCUGAUGGUCUAGUAAAGAUCUGGGACUUAACAGCAGGGAAAGUAUUAACAACACUGAAUUUACACUGUGGUCCGGUAAAUGUUGUAGAGUUUCAUCCUAAAGAAUUAUUACUUGGAACAGGUAGCUCAGAUAAAACAAUAAAAUUUUGGGAUUUAGAAACAUUUAGUAUGGUCUCAUCAACAGAUGGUAACUCUACACCAAUCAGAUCAAUGGCAUUUCAUCCUGAUGGAUUGUGUCUGUUUAGUGGUGGUAAAGAUCUGUUGAAAGUUUAUGGGUGGGAACCAUCAGAGUGUCAUGAUUCUAUACCUAUAUCAUGGGGCGAUGUGGCAGAUAUAACACUCACACAGAACCAAUUAAUAGGAGCUUCCUUUUCACAGACCAAUGUCUCAUGUUAUGUUGUGGAUGUACAGAGAGUUCACCCAUUUGGAGGUGUACCUAAUCAGGAAGGACAACAGCAACUGAACAGUAGUCAAAACAGUAGUCAUAACAGAAAAAGUUUUAUAACAGAAAGACCACCCACACAGUCAUCAAGACAGGCAAGCGUUCCUAAAGAAGAAGCUGAAGAACCAACACAUGAUAAUGAAGAUGAGAAAGAGACAUCAACUGCUGAUAUAAAAAAUCCUGAAGAUUACAGAGAAAUCUUCCAACCAAAGUCACGCAUUACUAGGUCACCUACUCGAAAAGUGGAACCAUUCCCAGCUCCUCCUGAAGAUGUACCCAGUGAACCAGAACCAGUAAAAAAACCACCACCAGCCAGGAAAACUACACCGGAGCCUGAACCUGCACCAAAACAGCCUGUCAAAAAAACACCUAGUAAAAAAGAAUCUGAAUCAUCUAAACCAGUGCCAAAAGCUGUAUCUAAACAGACAAGACAGAUAAAAUCUCCAAGAGAACCUCCAGAAAACUCUGCCAUAUCUGCUCAAGAUUUUCUUCCUAAAUCUGAAAAACCAGGAAACAAAAAAUCUCAGUUUGUAACAGAUGAAAGUGUAUUACAGACAAUUCAAAAUGGACAUGAUGCCAUGUCAGCUGUUAUGUCUUCAAGGAGUAAAAAUUUACAAAUUGUUAGAGCCAUGUGGACUUCAGGAAACACGAAGACAGCCUUAGACUCUGCAAUAUCAAUGAGGGACCCUUCUGUGAUAGUAGACUUAUUAAAUGUUCUUAAUUUAAAAACGGGCUUAUGGAAUUUAGAUCUGUGUAGCAGUUUAUUACCUCAGGUUAAAGAUCUCCUUAACAGUAAAUAUGAAAGCCAUGCAGAAGCUGCCUGUCAUGCUUUAAAGAUUAUACUUAGAAACUUUGGACCUGUGAUAAAGUCAAAUAUUACAUCAGCGCCAAGUAUAGGUGUUGAUCUAUCAAGAGAAGAAAGAAUACAGAAGUGCAAUGCUUGUUAUAAUUUUUUGUCAGAAAUAAGAAUAACAUUAGAAAAGAAACAAUCGGUAUCUGGCAAAUUAGGAAAUCUUUAUAAGGAAGUGCAAAUUCUGAUGUCAACAAUGGAUUAAUGAAGAAAUUGUAGAAAGUGAUAGUGUUUGAAAGCCAUUGGUGGGGCAGCUCAGUAUUGACCAAUCAUAUAAGACAGUUGGGUAACAGUCCAUCCACUCACAGAUGAUAUGGCAUUGUCAUCUUCAGCGAUCAUCCAAUCAAAACUGUUGUACCAUUCUAUGAUCAUAUGAUCCAUUAAGUGAAGAAUGUGUGAGGCCAGGGAACAAAGUGAACAUUAAAACAAUACAUUUCUCUAUAUUUAUGGUUGUGUGCUUUGUAAUGAAUCAUCUCAUAAUUUUCUUUCCAUUUCCCAGUUAGCCUUGGCUCAAGAAGAUUUUUCUAUCUGAAAUUCUCCAACCUGAUACAUAUUUUCAUAUGACAUAUUUUGUUAACAUAAAGAACUAUUUAGAAGUUUGAAAGCUGGUGAAUUCAAAAUUGCUCUGACAAUAAAGACAGAAGUUUUUUAAGAAAAUAUGUAUUGAGUUGAAGUGUUUCCACUUUAACGAAUCUCUUUCAUUAGUUUUUGCUUACCAUAAUGUAUACAUGUAUUAAUUUUGUUUUAGUUUGCAUAUUGACAGUUACCCAAAUGGAAAAAUUUGAUUUAGUUUGCGAUAUAACACAUUUCCCUUAAUGACCUUGGUUAUGAAAUGACCUUUGAAUGGCUUUUGAAUUUUUAAAGACAAGGGGCAUUAGAGGUUUAAAUUUUGUUAAGAAUAAGAUUGAAACUGUGGGAACAAUAAAUCAGAAAUAUGUGUAUUUCUCAAUUGAUAGAUUAUCAUUGUACAGCAAUUUUGUCAAAAAGCAUUUAAUUUCUGUAGAAAAAAUAGUGAACUAUUGACAGUUGUAACAGACAUUAAUUAUUUGGGAAUUUUAUCCCUUGGUAUGAACUUGCAUAGUGAAAUGCUAUUGUUAUAUGCCAUUGUUAUGUAUAUAUAAAAAGCUUUAUACAGACAUAAUUAGUGCUAUUUUUUUAUGCAACAAGAAGUAGAACUCUACUUUUUUACUUCAAAAGGAAAAUAAAUAUAUAUAUGUAGCUUUAAGAGCAUACACUAAUAUUAGGAUAGAUUGAAACACAAAAUCAAAUGCCAAAAGCUUGCUGAUAUAUUAGAUUGUUGCAUUUUAUCUAAUAAUUGUACACCUUUUCUAGUCUUAGAAUACUGUGGAUUCAUUAUUAUUCGAUGGAUACCAAUUUUCGUGGAUUUCAUGGGUACAGGGUCACCACAAAUUUAAAUUUUCAACGAAUUCAAAAUUGUCUAUAGAAAUGUAUGCAGACUCAAGCAAAACCACGAAAUUAAAUAUCCACGAACCUGUAAGUUUUCCUCAAUCCACGAAAUUGGUAUCCACGAAAAUAGAUGAAUCCACAGUAGAAAAGGAAACAAUACUUCCUAGUGGCAUCUUUCGAAAAUUUAUAGCAGACCCAGAAGACAUUGCUUGAUAGUUUCAUAUAAAACAAUGGACCAGAACAUUUGUAUUAUUUUCUGUAAUCAUUUUCCAUGUGCAUUAUUGUAGUAUCAUUUGAAUUUUCCUCUAGAUGUUCUGGUUUUAGGAUUAUAAUUGUAAAUCCAGUCCUUUGACAAUUAAAAAAAACCUUCAUUCCAGACAUUGUGUAAAACAUAUCAAGCUUUCUGUAAUGUUUAGUUGAUUUUAAACCAUUCAUUUGAGUAUAUUUUUUAUUAUUUUGUAAAAGUUAGAAUAAAUGACUGCUUGUGAAAUUGCUAUGCACAGUUAAUAUAGAGUUAUCUCCCUUUGUCUAGGUUUUUUAAUGGUCAUGUUUGAUAACAAAAAAAACAAGAAUCAAAUUUCUAAGUCGAAUUUUGAAAGCAAUCAAAUUAUAAUCGCGUGCAAAGAACAAAUCUUGUUAAUAGAUGUGAAAUGAUAAAUUAUGUCAUUGAUUUCAUAUCAAUGUGGUCAUGCAAGGAUGUGAAUUUAUUUCAUAUUAUAACUCUAAUGUUUUAUUUUGGGUACAGGAUUUACAUUUGUUUACAAAAUGGUUUAGAAAUCUAGUUAUUGUUUUCUUGUAAUUAGAACUGACCUAUAAGAACACUUCCUGUUAAUGAUUUUCAAAUUGUAAAUGUUUCAAUGUAUAUGUGCCAUGUUUAAUUGAAACGAACAGACUGUAAAGCAACAUUCAGAUUUUUGUACAGUAUAUAUGUACACAUGGUUGUAUAUGUCACUGUUGUGUAUUAUGUUUUUUUGAAACACGAUUGUAUAUAUUUUAAAGUAUUUAUUGCAAAGCAAUAUAUAGACAUUUAUGUGAAGUAAAAUGUGCAUGUUAUUGAAAUUUUGGAAAUGAUUUUUAUUUUAUACAGUGCUGUAGAAUCCAUUGUGGAAAUAAGUGCUCAAUGUCUUUCAUUCCACCAGAAUAUACACUUCUAGAGAAACCAUAUUUUUACUUACAAUAGACUAUUUUCAUAUUACAGACUUUUGACUAAGGAGUAUAUAAUUUUUCGGUACUCUGUCAAGAAGGAGUACCUAAAAGAAGUAAAAUGAAGCUUAAAAUUGGUGCAAUUUGGGGAAAAUAUUAAGUGUUUUAUGUUUUCUAUACACAACACUUACGUCAACGGAAAGCAGUUAAUUUUUUUGCCAAAAUGAACCCAUUGUAAGCUUGAUUCUUUAAGUGGCUUGUAGUUGACAAAGUACCAGAAUGUCCUAUCAUAGAAAGGUUACUUGUCGAAAAAUUAUAUACUCUGGAGUCAAAAGUCAGUAACAUGAAAAUAGUCAAUUAGUUAUUAUGCAUGCUGUGUGGUAUAAAUAUUUAUAUAUAUAUGUAUAUGUACAUGUGUCCAGUAUACUUUUGAGUGAUUUAAAGGCUUGUAUGCAUGCAAGCCUUUAAUGUUUCUGUGUAACUUGUACUAAAUACUACUUUAUGAAGGCGCUUACAUGAUAUAUCCACAUCAUUGCCAAUGAGUGAUAGUUGUCUCAUUGUCAAUCACACCACAUCUUCUCAUUUUAUCUUGAAGGAGAAAAUAUUGCUACAGAUAUUUUAUUCCAGUUUAGUGGAAAAGAUAUGCUUGGUUAUACUUAUUUUAGAGUUUUUGAUUAUCCUGUAUUUUUCGUUGAUGUUUGUUAAAUUUAUUCCUUUAAAGAAAACGGGCAGUUUUCAGUUUUUGACAAUUUUGCCUUUACAGAUAUUUGAUUAAAAGGUUAGUUUAGUUUCAUUUCCUUAAAAUAACAUGAGUGAUAUUUUGGUAGGCAUUGCUGUUAUAAAGAAUUAAAACAUGAUUAAUACCUUUUAUGAAUUUUGUCAUUCACACAUCUAAACCCCAAAAUUUUUAUACCUUACAAAUUGUUAACUUUUAUAGGUAUUUGUUAUGUGCAAAGGUUGAAAGUUCAAGAACUCUUUGACCCAACUCCUUUUUCAUUAGCCAUUCACAAAUAUAGUUUCAAUAAUUCAUCUAUAAUAUCUUCUUGUCCCUAAUGAAAUCUGUUAAGAUUGUUAUAAUGCUCAGGUAUUAAACCAGAAAUGCUUAGUUUGAAAAGUUGUCCUUAUUGUACUUUACCAGAGUUCAGUCUGAGUAGUAUUGACCUCACCUAACUGUUCUAUAAAUGGCGCAUGUACCAAUCUUAUUAGAAAAGUGUUGCCUAGUAUGUUUUGAAGGGAAUUAUAUUUAUCAUAUGCUUUAAUUUGGUCUUGUAUAAUUACAUUUUGAAUUGAGAGAGGGUACAAACAUCAUGCAUCUGUUGAAUGGACCAAGGCCUUGAAUAUGUAUGAUUAAUUAUUUGUUUGUCUUACAGAAAUAAAAGAGUGAAAGCUUU